AUCCUCUGUAUUCCCAGGACUAUCCAGAGGAGAAGGUCCCAGAGAAUCCUCAGAUGACAAAUCAGGGAGAAGAUCUGACUGAUAUUAAAGUGGAGGAUGAAGAAGAGAGGAUGAUGGGUGAUCCUCCGUGUAAGAAUGAGGUGCAGGAGGACAUUCCAAGAGAUGUCACCACAGAAAAUCCCAGUAAGAAUUCUGAGGGAAAUGUCAUGUUAUCGCUGAAUUAUAAAGUAGAAGAUACAUUUCUGAUACAGCGCUCUUCAGGAAAAAAGCUUAAUGUAAAUACAGGACUUCACAGUACAGAUCUGUCAUAUAAUGUCUCUAAUCAUAAGGAACCAUCUCCUGACCAAUCACACAUUGUUACCACAACUACAGGUCAGAAAGGGUUUAAAAGAUUUCAACAUAGUAAAGAGUUUACAAAAAGCUUAGUUAUUUCUUCAUACAGAGGAAUUCACACAGGAGAAAAGCCGUACUCAUGUUCAGAAUGUGGCAAAUGUUUUAAACAGAAAUCAAAUCUUUUUAAACAUCAGAGAAGUCACACAGAAGAAAAGUCAUAUUCAUGUUUAGAAUGUGGGAAAUGUUUUACAGAAAAAUUUUGUCUUGUUAGACAUGAGAGAAAUCACACAGGAGAGAAGCCGCACUCAUGUUUAGAAUGUGGGAAAUGUUUUACACAGAAAUCACAUCUUCUUAGGCAUCAGAGAUUCCAUACAGGAGAGAAGCCAUAUUCAUGUUCAGAAUGUGGGAAAUGUUUUAAAACUAAAUCAAUUCUUGUUAUACACGAGAGAAGCCACACAGGAGAAAAGCCAUAUUCAUGUUCAGAAUGUGGGAAAUGUUUUAAAACUAAAUUGCUUCUUAUUACACAUGAUAGAAGUCACACAGGAGAGAAACCAUAUCCAUGUUCUGAAUGUGGAAAAUGUUUUACACAAAAAUCAGAUCUUAUGACACAUGAGAGACGUCACACAGGAGAUAAUCCGUAUUCAUGUUCAGAAUGUGGGAAAAGUUUUCCCAAAAAAUCUGAUCUUGUUACACAUGAGAGAAUUCACACAGGAGAGAAACCAUAUUCAUGUUUAGAAUGUGGGAAAUGUUUUACUGACAAAUCAAGUCUUGUUAGACAUGAAAAAAUUCACACAGGAGAGAAGCCAUAUUCAUGUUCAGAGUGUGGGAAAUGUUUUAAAACUAAAUAUCAUCUUGUUAAACAUCAGAAGAGUCACACGGGGGAGAAACCAUAUUUAUGUCCAGAAUGUGGGAAAUGUUUUACAGAUAAAUCAAGUAUUGUUAGACAUGAGAGAAUUCACACAGGAGAGAAGCCAUAUUCAUGUUCAGAAUGUGGGAAAUGUUUUACACAAAAAACAAUUCUUGCUAAACAUCAGAGAAUUCACACAGGAGAGAAGCCAUAUUCAUGUUCAGAAUGUGGAAAAUGUUUUACACAAAAAUCAUAUCUUGUUACACAUCAGAGAUGUCACACAGGGAAGUAGAGAUGAGCAGAAUUCUAGAAAUUUGUGUCAGGUCAGAUUCGAACGAAUCGGUCAGGAAAUCGAUUUGGGCACAAAUAAAAUCAACUCAAAUUUAAAGUGUUCAGAUUUCCCUGAUUAGUUGUGGAUGACAUUCUGCAGUCUCCUGGGACUAUAUUCAACUACAUGGAAGCUCUUUAACACCAAGACAGCAUUCAUAAUCUUAAAGUGGCAGUGACAUAUCUUUGGGUGAAUGGAUGGUAACCAGUGGUAACAAACAGCCUGUUUAAUAUCACACAGCUUUGCUGUGCUUGGAAAAAAAUGUUAAAUUAUCCCUUUUGGUUGAAGGUGUUUGGCUGUGUUUCUAUGCACACGGUGUCUUCAGAGGAAGCAAUGGCUUAUUUUGAGCAAGCAUUCCAAACAUUCUUCCUUUUUGGGGAAGCAGCAGCAGUAUGGUACAGAACAUGACAGACAAGGCAGGAAAUGUGUGACUGCGUAAGGGUAGUAGUCGCUGCAGCAGUACAGUAUGAAACCUGACAGACAGGGCAGGAGAGCUAUGACUGCGUAGGGGUAGUAGUAAUGGCAGCAGGGAAAGUAGUAGCUGCUGAUGGACAAGGCAGAAGAUGUGAACCUGUGUAGGGGUGGUAGUAGUAGUAGCAGCAGCAGCAGGACUGUAUAGAACAUGAUGGACAGUGUAGGAAGGAACAAGGGGCCGUCAUUGAUGGUUGGUAUGUGUCACCGA